AUGCUUCGCGGGUGGAGAAGAGGGACUCUGGCAGUGAUUGGGCUCCUUUUAUGCUUCUUUGCUUUACAGCUGAGCUUUUUUUUCACUGGCCGAGAAGUGCUGAAGCUUCGAGAGCAGACACUGAAUAUCCUGUCCCCGGGCAUAGGAAGUGGCCUCCUGCCUCUCAAUGUGUCCUACCAGCUCCUGAUGGGGUCUGCACCUUCCCAGCAGAGAUUCCUUGUAGUGGGGUUGUCCUCGGUGCGGCGGAAGAAGGAGAUGUACCUCAAAUCAACAUUGCAGUCCAUUUUCUCUCAGUCUUCAGAGGAGGAGCGGGCACAGAUGGUGGUGGUGGUGCUACUUGCUGACUUUGACUGGAGCUGGAGACAAUUAGUGACAGAGGAACUCCAAACAAGCUUCUACAAAGAACUGCGGCAAGGACAACUCCUGCUAAUUCACGUGCCACAAGAGCAGUACCCCCCACUCACCGGCCUAAAGCGAAACUACAACGAUGCUGCGGAUCGCGUCAGUUUCCGAUCGAAACAAAACGUGGAUUACUCCUUCCUCAUCCACUUCUGCUCUUCGCUCGGACAGUUCUACCUGCAGCUUGAAGACGAUGUUUAUUGUGCCAAACAUUUCCUCAGCAAUAUCCGACAACACAUCAAAGAACAGAACGCUAAGAAAACCAACUGGGCCAUGCUGGAAUUUUCCAACCUCGGAUUCAUCGGCAAACUCUACAAAUCCACAGAUCUGCCCAUUUUGGCUCAAUUCCUCUUUCUCUUUUACCAGGAAAUGCCUUGUGACUGGCUGAUGAGCCGAUUCCAGGGUCCACCCUAUGGGGGAGGGGUAAGAGGUUCGCCCGGUGGGGGAGGUGCAGAGGUCCGUCCUGUGGCAGAGGUCCGCCCUCUAGGGGAGGGGGCAGAGGUCUGA